AUGGAUUUGGAAUUUAAAGAUGUGGAGAAUACUCCUACUGAUCAAAAGAGGCACAAAAUCCGUAUCACAUUGACUUCUAAGAACAUCAAAAGUUUAGAAAGUGUGUGCUCCGAGAUGAUUGCCGAUAUCAAAAAGAGGAAACUGCCAGUUAAAGGACCAGUACGUAUGCCAACCAAAUUCUUGCGUAUCACAACUAGGAAAACACCUUGUGGUGAAGGUUCAAAGACAUGGGACAGAUUCCAAAUGAGAAUUCACAAGAGGGUGAUCGAUUUAAAAUGCCCAAGCGAUAAAGUCAAACAAAUCACUAGUGUCAACCUCGAACCCGGUGUUAUUGCUGAAGUUAGCAUUGCUAGCGAGUGA